UAUUUCUUCUCCCACUUAAUUCUCCAAGUUGCCUCAACAAUCCUCUCCUCUCAUCUUUUCCUUUCUCUUUUUUACACGCUAGUUUUGAUCAUACAAACCCAUCAAGUUGUUUCACGACACAGUUAAAGAGGCCAGACACAUAGCAAGCUUCUAAAACCAACCUAGAUAGUAGACAGAGACAACACAAGGACAAAAGAAGGUAGAAGAGGAAGAUGUGUUUAGUGUUUGUGUGUGGACAAGAUGAGAGAGUGGUGUCAAGGCAGCCAGCACCUGGGUCGUGUCCUUAUUGUGGAGGGAUGAUUCAGGCUGUGGACGUAGAUAGCAACUGGAAUUUCUGCUUCCUACCUCUGUACCAUAAGACCAAGCGUAGGCACUAUUGCACCAUGUGUGCCAGAAAACUCAUGGUUCAAGGAAAAACCUGAUCUUAGGUUAGAACCAUUUUCCCCGUUUUCACUUUGUACGACGACUUGUAAAUAGAUAUAUACGAUAAGAGUUUAGCUAUUAAGACUAGACCUACUAGGAUAUUUGUAUCACUAUUGUGCACAAAACAUAAUAUAUGAGUUUCAGAUAGAUUAAAGUAA